AAUAAUUUAAAAUUAUCAGAAUCACAGUACCCAUUACCGAGUACUAUUUUAUUUCCUUCUUUCACUAUUUUCUUCCCUGAAAGAACCCACCAGUACUAACAAUUUUCUUCUGAAAGUUCUCCGCUUUGAGCUCCAAGCCUCUGUAUUCUCAAGCUUUGCUUUCCUUCUCCCAUGGCCUCCCAAAGUCAACAGCUCCACAUAAUCUUGAUACCCUUCUUAGCCCAGAGCCAUAUUCUCCCAAUCCUAGACUUCGCAAAACUCCUAUCCCAACGUGACUUACUCAUAACCAUUCUCACCACACCUCUCAAUUCCAUCUCAAUUCAAUCCAUGAUAGACCAUGCAACAAUUUCUACCCAUGCUAAAAUCAUAUUAAUCACAGUCCCCUUUCCGUCGAUACAAGUAGGCCUCCCAGAAGGCUGCGAGAACAUGGACACUCUGCCUUCUCCUGACAUGGCCUUCAAUCUUUUUGCUGGUUGUGACAUGUUGCAAGAGCCUGUUCUGAAGAUGCUGUCUGAGUUUGAGGUUCGGCCUAGUGCUAUCGUGUCUUCGAAUGCUCUGGCUUGGACUGGUCAAGUUGCGUGUAGUUUGGGGGUUCCUAGGUAUGCUUUUCAGACUAUAUCUUGUUUCUCUAUGUUGGUGUCUCAUAAUGUUGGACGUAUGAAUGUUGGUGAAAGUGUUGUGUCGGAUACGGAGGCUUUUGAGGUAAGGGAUUUGCCUGAUAAGAUUGUGAUCACCAAGUUGCAGAUGCCGAAAACGGGGUUACAGAGAGGGGCGGAUGUUAAGAGUAUUGUGCAGAAAAUGAAGGAGGCUGAGGGUUUCACAAGAGGGAUGGUGGUGAAUAGUUUUGAGGAAAUGGAGCCUAGGUAUGUGGAAGGGUUUAAGAAUAUGGGAAGGAGGAUUUGGUGUAUCGGUCCGGUGUCGUUGUGUAAUCAGGAUUCGGUGGAUAAGCUAGAAAGGGGUGGGAGAAGAGGGGCAAUUGAUGAAAAUGUAUGUUUGAAAUGGCUUGAUUCUAUGGCACGGAGAUCUGUUAUUUAUGCCUGUUUUGGGAGCAUUGGUAGAAUUCCAUCGGCUCAGAUUAUUGAAACUGGAUUGGGAUUAGAAGCUUCAGAAUGCCCGUUUAUCUGGAUCAUUAGGAAAAAGGAUGUUUCUGAGCAAGUAGAAAAAUGGCUAGAUGAUGAGAAGUUUGAGGGGAGAGUCAGGGGAAGAGGCCUAAUAAUCCGAGGAUGGGCACCUCAGGUUGCAAUCCUAUCCCAUCCUUCAGUUGGGGGAUUCAUAACGCAUUGUGGAUGGAAUUCGACACUGGAAGCAAUUUGUGCAGGGGUGCCAAUGAUAACUUGGCCCAUGUUUGCAGAACAGUUUUAUAAUGAAAAACUCGUGGUCAAUGUGCUCAAAAUUGGUGUUAGAGUCGGGGUUGAGAUUGGCAUGAAAAGUGAAUUGGAGGAUGAGAACAAAGUGUUUGUCACCAGAGUGCAAGUGACAGAGGCUAUAGAGCACCUGAUGGAUGAUCCAGAGAGAAUAACAAGAGCUAAAGAGCUUAGUAAGUUAGCAACAAAAGCCACAAGUGAUGGAGGAUCUUCUUUCUUGAACAUAACUGCGUUGAUCCAAGAUAUCAUGGAACAAACCAUCUCCAAAUGAAAUCAUAUUGAUCCAGGUUGGGGGUUAGAGUGAAUACUUUUCAAGAUUUGGAGUCUCAAAAUGCGAAUGACUACUGAGUAUAACGCGAAUGACAUGUGGAAAGUGGCAACUUUGGGAAUUUUUCAUAGAGUGAAAUCCAGUGCUUGUAGUAACAUGAUUUAGAAGAACCAGAUUCUGUGAUUUACACUUGUUUAGGUAGAUACAGUAGCCUGUCCUCAACUUGUGAAAGUCAGAUUAGGCUUGGAAGGAGCAUCACACAAGCCCUUUUAUAUGGGAAGAGGUAAGAGGUGAAAAAUGGAAUGAAAGAAAAAAAGUUUGAAAAGGGAACAAAAGCGAGAGGCCUUUUGCUAAAAGGUUGACAUCAAUUACUAUCUCUGUCACACUCUUCGAAAAGAGGGUUCUUAACUCACUGCAACUGGAAUUCAACUAUAGAAGGAAUGUCUGCAACUAUUGCAGAAGGGUUAGCUAGAGUAGGUCCUGUAGCCGAAACUUGAAUUCAGAACAGUGGUUGCUAAAAAAUUUUAAUGACCAACUUUCGGAAGCCAAUCUGGGUUUAAAAUGGUUAUUUGACUACUUUUUACGCAGCUGUAAGCCUUCAACCUAGGCUCAGCCCCAUUGGUUCCACCACGUCGGAGAAGUUCCUGUGACUCUGGGUAAUGAUUUACAAGUUUGGAUCAGAGAGAAGAUUUGAAGAAUGCAAUAGAUGGUGAGAAGAAAGAAGACAAAUAGCUAGUAAGCUAGAGGGUCCAGCGUUUUUUUUCGGUUGAACGCGUGCUGCUAACAUACGUAUGCAGCAUACGUUCAACAUACUAUCCUGAAAAGUCCAAAAACUCAUCCCACUGAUGUGUGGCCGUAAUGCCGUUACGAGUAAUAAUCCUGUCUACAUAUUAUCCGUCAAAUUUCUAUGCCUACGCUCUUUACUUCA